ACACGAGAUAGUAGAGACGACGACCGGCUUUAUUUGUUGUACCCUGUAGGGGGUCAUCGUAGCUACCUUCUUCCUUUGCUCCGGCUACGCUCGAUCGCGACGAGAGAGGAAUGGACGGCGGCGGCGAGAGUGGUUUGGCGGCGGCGGCGUCGUCCGCCGCCCCGUUGCUGGCGCCGGAGGCGAGGAGGAGGUUUAGGCAGGGGUGCCCCGGGUGCCGGCUGGACGAGGUGAACAAGACCAACACCGGCGUCCCCUACCUCAAUUUCUUCUACAUCUGGGUCGUCUGCCUCACCGCCGCUCUGCCGAUCCAGUCGUUGUUCCCUUAUCUAUACUUCAUGAUCAGGGACUUGAAAGUGGCAAAAGAAGAGCAAGACAUUGGAUUUUAUGCUGGUUUUGUUGGGGCUACCUAUUUCCUUGGAAGAACCAUCAGUGCCGUGCCAUGGGGCAUGUUUGCUGACAAGUAUGGAAGGAAGCCAUGCAUUGUGAUCAGCAUUCUCUCAGUGAUUGUGUUCAACACACUUUUUGGACUUAGCACAACUUACUGGAUGGCAAUUGUAACUAGGGGAUUACUUGGGUUGCUAUGUGGUAUACUAGGACCCAUCAAGGCUUAUGCUUCAGAAGUCUGCAGGAAAGAGCAUCAAGCUCUCGGAAUCUCUCUUGUUACAUCUUCACGAGCGAUAGCUCUUGUUAUUGGGCCAGCUAUUGGAGGAUUUCUUGCACAGCCUGCACAAAAGUACCCAAAUCUUUUCUCCGAAGACUCUAUAUUUGGGAGGUUUCCAUACUUCCUCCCUUGCUUUGUAAUAUCAUUGCUAGCAGCAGGAUCAUGUAUUGCAUGCAUUUGGCUUCCGGAAACACUACACUUUCAUGAUGAUGACAAAGCAGAAUCUAUUGAAGAACUGGAGGCACAAGUUCGUGGCUCCGAAUCUACAAAAAAUCUGCUAAAGAAUUGGCAAUUGAUGUCAGCAAUAAUCCUCUAUUGUGUCUUUUCUCUACAUGACACAGCUUAUCUCGAGAUAUUUUCACUUUGGGCUGUAAGCAGUAGAAAAUUUCAGGGCCUUAGUUUGACAUCCCAGGAUGUUGGCACUGUGCUAGCCUUCUCAGGUUUUGGUGUACUCGUAUACCAACUUGCUAUUUAUCCUUUCCUUGCGAAGUAUGUUGGACCAAUCAAGACAUUUCGGCCUGCCGCGAUCUUGUCAAUCAUUCUCCUCAGUAUGUAUCCCUUCAUGGCCAAUCUACAUGGCAUGGAGCUCAAAAUACUUAUCACCAUGGCAUCUGUUUUGAAGAACAUGUUUGCUGCUACUAUUACUAUCGCGUGCAACAUUCUACAAAACACUGCGGUGACACAAGAGCAGAGAGGUGUUGCUAAUGGCAUCUCUGUUACUCUGAUGUCAAUGUUCAAAGCUGUAGCUCCAGCCGCAGCAGGAAUUCUGUUUUCAUGGGCUCAGAAGCACAUAAGCGGACUGUUCUUACCAGGAAAUCAGAUCUUGUUUCUAAUGCUAAACAUGGUGUCAGUAAUUGGUCUAGUGCUGACGUUCAAGCCAUUUUUCUCCCUACCAAAUUCAACGAGGCAUUCAUAACUCUGCAUAUAUGGAGUUUGUUCCUGUGAAUUAUAUGGGGGCACUGUCUGAUUACAGUUGGGUUUUGAACUGCAAGAGUUCAUGUAUUGUAUUGUUCCAUACUUUUAGUCUUAUGAUGAAUUAAGUAAUCACAUGUAAAGGGUUCUCUGAGUUUUCGCAUAGACACCAAAGGGUCAGAUGUUGUUCAUUUCAUAAACUGGAAAUGUGGUCUUGCUUGCCAUGAUCCUGAGUAGAGGUGUAUGGGUUAAACAAUCUAGAUUCUAUGGAUUGGGGGCAAAUGGUUUCGUACUGAUCACAAGCUGGGUUGAUUUGGGGUUAAGGGGUCAAUGGAUUGGUUUGGUUUUAUAGGAGUUACAACAUUUCAAGUUCCAAAUGGUUUCAGUUUCAA